AUGUUAAGAGCCCAAAUCAACGGAUUUAGGCAAAAAGAUGGAGAAUCACUCUUCGAAGCUUGGGAAAGAUACAAGGAUAUGAUGAGACUCUGUCCACACCACGGUUUAGAACAAUGGCUUAUAAUCCAUACCUUCUAUAAUGGGCUGCUAUAUAACACUAGACUUACCAUAGAUGCGGCCGCCGGUGGCGCGCUAAUGGAUAAACCUUACCAAGAAGCCACCCAACUUAUAGAAAACAUGGCCCAAAACCAUUAUCAAUGGGGAAGCGAACGCGCUGCCAUAGAGAAAUCCCAGACGAAAGGUGGAAUGUACGAAGUAAGCGGCAUAGACCAAGUCAAUGCAAAAGUAGAAGCCCUUUCUCAGAAAUUGGAAAGUUUAACUCUACCAGCUACCGUAGUUGCAGUGCAGCCAAACUGCGAACUAUGUGGAGUUCCCGGACACAUGCCCUCCGAAUGUCAAUUACUUGCCGGACUCGACCAAGUAAACUAUGCCCAAGGGAACCCCUACUCCAAUAGUUAUAAUCCCGGUUGGAAGAACCAUCCUAAUCUCUCUUACAAAAAUAACAAUGCCUUAUUCCCCCCUAGUCAAACACCUCCAGGUUUUCAAAAGCAAAUGGGACAACAAGCUGCAACCCAACCACCUAAAAAAUCCAACUUUGAUCUGAUGAUGGACAAAUUCCUAAACCAAAAUAUUCAUACGAAUGAAUUAGUGAAACAAUUAUCAAACAAAGUAGAUGCACUAGCCACCCAUAACAAGAUGUUAGAAACACAAAUUUCUCAAGUGGCACAACAACAAGCAGCUCUCGCCGCUCCAGCCGGCACUUUUCCAGGCCAACCCGAACCAAAUCCUAAAGGGCACGCGAAUGCCUUACAUGCUGUAACAACUAGGAGUGGUAAAGAAUUACAAGACCCAGUUGCUCGUAUUGUUAAGAAACCGGAAAACAAUGAGAGAACCGAUGAGGCAAAGGAAACCUCGAAAGAUGCCACUCGCAAAGCCAAAAACAGAUAG